AUCCACGAGUUGCUGUUACCGGAGGGGGUAGUACCGUAGGAGUGCUAUGCAUAAAAAUGAAACUACGUCUUCCCUCUGCAGUCUUCGCUUUAGUUUUCAUCGUCACAAAAUAAAGGCAGACGGACGGCAGCAGCCUCGCAGUCGCAGCUGCCUCUUUCCCUCUGGCUCUCUCUCCCUCUGGUUUCUCUAGGCUCAUCUGAUGGCUUCUAGCAAGGUGGAUAACCGUGGCUCAUUCGGAUCAAAACGGUCCCGGAGCGAUUCUUCACGGAAUGAAGGAGACUGGACUUGUCCAAAAUGUGGAAACGUGAACUUUGGGUUCAGAACUGUUUGCAACCGCGGAAAAUGUGGUGCUCCUCGACCACCAACCACUCCAACUGCCCCUAUUACUAGCCCUUAUAAUCCUCUACCUUAUUAUUAUGGAGGCAUUGGAGCCGUUCCACCUAUGCCACUUGGAAUCUCCAGCAGGUACGGUCCCCCGGUACCCCUGCCUGGACUGCGAUAUGACUACGGUGGACCUGGGAGUGCCCAUGGACCUUAUGGUCUGAUGACUACAUUUCCACCUGCAAAUUUGGGAGGCAUGGGUUAUGGUUCUGGGCCCACCAUCAAUGGAUAUGGAUAUGGCUUUCAAGGAUCUCCAUGGGCUGGAGGAGAUAUUCCUGAUAAUAAUGCCUCUCGUAAACGUCGUGGAGGGCCAGAUGGUUUAUCUGAAGGGGAUUGGGUUUGUCCCAAAUGUGACAAUGUUAACUUUGCAUUUAGAACCACAUGCAACAUGAAGAAAUGUGGUGCCCCUAGACCAUCUUUUGGACCAAACCAGUCAGAUUCUGGUGUACCAGAAGGCAGCUGGACCUGUAGCAAAUGUAACAACCUCAACUAUCCAUUUCGAACGAUAUGUAAUCGGAAGGGUUGUGGGAACCAAAAGCCUGCUUCUGACUAGUAGGGUACUGCUGUACCUGCAGGGGUUAGUAGUAGAUCCACCAUUCUGCCAUGUAUUAGCAAGGUUAUGGAGACCAUUUUUUGAUCAUCCUAGAUGUCAAGCAUCAAAGCCUUUGUUUCAGAUAUGAAACACUUGCUCAAUUAGCAUGGGGAUUGGUAGAUGAAUUUGAGAGGUGCUUCAUGGACAAGUUUAUGCCUUCUGUGUUGGAGAAAAGGUACCCAAAACUGUCCAAAAAAAAAAGAAGAGGAAAGUGCAAGAAGGAACAGAAACUUAUAUGAUGGAGAAGAAAAAGUUUGAAUUUUUUUCUCCUAAUAUUUGCAAUUGUUAUUUUGUUAUUUAUGCAGUUAUCUGCACCUUUUGGUUUGUUGUCAGAUGAAGUUAAGUUAGCUGUAGGGAUUGAUGGAUGAGUAUGCUCAAGAAAAAUAGCAAGGAAACAUAUCAUUUUACUUUAAA